CAACCCUGUUUUGAAUGGUUUAGUGAUACGUGUUUUAUGUUUUUAUUGCUUUGUGUGUGUUUAAUAUUUUAUUCGCUAAUUGUAGAUUAAAUAAUUGUGAUAAAUUAGCAUGUUUAUGUGUGUACAUUCAAGAAGUAUUAAUUAAGAAUGGAAGAAGAUUUUGAAGAUUCUGUACUACAAGCUAUCAAAAGCAGUUACCCGUCUAAGAAUAAACUGGCUAUUAUACUAACUGAUCAGGAUGGUGUGACACAGUACUGCUGUGUAGCAUGCCCCAGAAAAUAUGUAGAAAAAGAAAAGCUUGAGUUACACUUAUGUGUACAUACCAAGCAAUACAAACAUAUUUGUGGUAUCUGUGGAACGGGUUUAAAACGUAAAGAACAUUUAGAGAGACAUACACAAGAGCACCAGGAGGUGAGGCCACAUGUGUGUCCUCAUUGUGGGAAGGCAUUCAAACGGAAGGAGCACCUGAAUAUCCAUAAGGCCAUACACAGCGGAGACAAGAAUAUGGCAUGCACAAUAUGUGGCAGAUCUUUUUAUCGCAAGGACCACCUACAAAAACAUCUACAAACACACAGCAAGACUUUCAUGGAACAGAAUUUGCAAUAUACCAAUGAUGAUGGUGAUGUACUAAUGGAUAUCAAGCAAGAGAUCACCGAUGACUACAUGACGCCGUUAAUCGAUAUCAAUGAUCAAGUGGAAUAUGAGGAGGCUGGAGAUUCGUUUAAUUUUAACGAAUCUGUAGACUCUACGGAAUUGUAUAAACAUACGAAUAGUAAAAAAUUAGAUGACGACAGACCGUUUGGUUGCCAUUUGUGCAACAAGACUUACAAGAGGAAAGACCAUUUAAAACUGCACCUUGCGACCCAUAACAGGAAGGAGCAUCCUUGCACCGAGUGCGGGAAAGUAUAUUAUAACACGCAGAAACUGCUCAAUCAUAUGAAGAAUCACAUACAGCAGUAUGGCGCCCAGAAUGAUGAUUCGCUAUGGCAAAAGAUAAACGAUAUGGAGUUGUUAAUAGAGAGACCAAACCCAAAUUCAGCGAAAGCUGAUAGACCCCACGAGUGUCAAAUAUGUCACAGAAAAUUUAAAAGGAAACAACACUUGAAGGUACAUGGAAACGUGCACAUGCGACAGCAGGCGACGAUAUGGUGCUCGCUGUGUAAAGAAGGUUUUUUUAGCAACGAUCAGUUUGAGACCCAUGAGUGUAUGGCAUUGCAUCAAGAAGGCAUUGAGAAUGGCGAUGUAAAUCCUGGUAACACUGUCCAAGAGGCUAAGAAAGAAAACAAAUAUCCAUCUGACUGCAUACAAGUGGUAAUGGAUGAAGGUGAUCAGAGGCAGCCGCAGCCUCUUAUAAUCGAAGAGGAACAAUUGCCUGUGCCCCAACGAGUCUUUGUAUGCAAGUUCUGCAACAAGCCGUUCAAACGCAAGGACCACUAUAAGAUACAUCUGCAUAUACACACUGGCGUCAAGUCAUUCUUCUGCACGGAUUGUGGAAAAGGAUUUUAUCGCAAAGAUCAUCUACAGAAGCACUCGCAAGUACACACGAAAGCGAAGCCAAAGCCAAAGAAAGAAUUGCCUGAUUUAUACCCAAUCAGCAUGCUGCCAAAGAAUAAUGAAAUCAAACCUGAGAUUACUAUACAUGCACCGUCCAACACAAAACUACGUGUGCCCCUACAAAUUAAGGUGCCCUACCAAAUGGUAAUGUCAAUGGACAACGGAGAACAACGGGCAGUCACCAUCAACCCGCAAACAGAAGCCGAACAUAUGUAAACAUCUGAGUACAAUAACUGAAGCAGUGAGUUCAAGUAUUUUAUAAAAAAAAUAUACGACAGUGCUGAUGACAGAAUGACAUUAUUUAAAUAAUUAACGUAUACUAAAAGAAAACAUUGUUUUUUUUCUGGUAAUGUGAAUUCAAUGUGCAUUGUGACAAUGAUAAUGAAAAUAAUUGUUUUUUUAAUAGUAACUGAACCAGUAACUUUUAUAUAUUUGGCAGUAUUGAAAUUGCCUUUGUCUAAGCACAGAUCCAUAUUUUUUAAAUAAUAGUUGCUAUAGUUUGUAACUGUAAUGCAUCAGUAUAAGAAUGAUAUAUAAUAUAAUUGAAUUGUUUCAGACAUACAUAUAUAUGUAUACAGCUUGGAACUUUUUCAUAUCAUACAUUAUAUCUAUAUUACUAAAUCAAAUACGUCGCUUACCAAUAAGCAUUUUGUUGUUCUCCUUGAUUAACAACUAUAAAAAAAUACCUAUGUACCUUAAUUUAUUUAAUUUCACGAAUGAAAUUUGCUAAGAUGUUUCUAUGGAAAUAAUAUACAAUGAAUCAUGUUUUUAGUUUUACAUCAAUCUUAUUUGUAAUAAAUAUUCAUAUAAUUUUAUAAUGCAUAAUAUUUCAAUACAAAUUUAGUAUUAAUUUUAGCAUUAGUGAUUUUAUCAAUAAUACUCAAUUUUCUAAUAAUUUUAAACUUUCAACACAAUGUCUAAAGACAGCUCUUUAGAUUUUCAUUAUAUUGUAUUUUUUUUUACAAAGACUAAUUUAUAAUAUCGUGUCAGUGUUACUUACUUUUAUAAUCUUUAGUUAAGAAGUUAUGUAAGUUAUAUAUAUAUUCACGCCACUUCCCUUACGGGGCAGAUAGUACCGUGUGCCAACUAAUUUCACAUACUUAUAUAGAACUAGUAUUCAUUAUAUCUUUACAUAGAAUAUAACGAAGUCGCCCAUUGUCUAUACGUUUGGAUCGUUAUAUUACGUGAUGCCUUUUUCAGCAAUAGAUACAGUGAUCCAAGGGGAAGGUUUAUAUGCAUAAUUCCUGCAUAUUAUUAAAAAAAGCCUAGAAAUUAAAAUAUUUGUAAUGCAUACGUGGGAAGCCAGGACAGGCCGUUAGUAUUUAUUAUAAAAGAAACCUUAAAGUAUAUUUAUGCAAAUAAUAUUGCUUUGAUUGUAUCAUAUUAAAAAUACACAAAAUUAAUUUUUGCUCUCUUUGGCGGAUAUUUUACACAAUUUCUUUAGUAUAUUUAUGUAUAUUUAACAACAUAUUCUGUGAAAAUUUUAUUGCAAUUCUUUGAACAAUUCUCAUGUGAAAUAUAAACACACAGUUUUCGCCUCGUGAUAAUUUUAUUAUAUGUAAAAAUGUGGAAUAUUUUAAUUUUUUAACCAAAUCGUUUAUAUCGCAUGUAAAAGAAAUGUCGCCAUCUUUAAAAUUAAUCAAUUAUGCAUUCGUUGUGUAAUGUAUAUACAUAAUUAAUGGCACAAGUAUAAGAAAUACGUAUAAAAUGUGUGAACUGGGUCCAAAUGAUCUCAAUAUGUUAUUUUAUUAUAGAAGCGCGAGGUUGUACAUAUCUAUAAUGUCAUUUCAUGUAUUAAUUUUAAGGACAAGUUUCUCAUAUUUCAAUAAUAUAAGUUUAAGUGAAGAUUUGGGUAAUUAUGAAAAUCGGGACAUUCCGAAAAUUAGCCAUAUUUUUACUGAAUGCGUCAACGAUGUAACACCAACUUAAUGCGUUUCCUUACUGUUGACGCCAGUCAGUAAUAUAUAUUUUUUUAUGAAACGGGAUUUUUUUUAAACGGAUGAUAAUGAAAUGUUGCUCUCGAUUGCGCUAACUGUUUACGCUGGGCACUGGGCACAACGGGGCACUAGUGGAGGAUGAUAAGAUGAAGUUGAUGUCCGGUCAGGUAGCCCAUCGUGAUAAAUUCACUAGGAAUUUAUCACGAUGGUUUUCCGGGGGGAACGUCGUAGAAACCUAACAACAAAUUGCUAGCAAUGGGUCAUCAGUCCAUAUUACUAACAAACGCCUUCCCUUUGUAUUGUGUUAUUUGCACAAAAUUUCAAUUUAUAAAUAUACACGAUAUAUUACAAAUUUUUGGAACUAGAGUUUAAAAACUAAACUUCAGGCUCGAUUUCCUAAGUUUUAGACUUUUGAGUUAUUACAAUCAGUUAUUAAGCAAUAUUAAUAUUAAUAAUUGCAAAUUAUUUCCAAAAUAAACUGCCGGUCUCUAGAUUAGAGAUUUUUAUCGACUGUUAAAACAUAUCGAAAACCUACGUUUCGUAAUUACCCAAGUGCACAUAGCACCUAAAUGUGCUAUGUAUCAAUAAAUUAAUAUUUCAUUACGAAGUUCCUCAAAUGUUGUCAUCAUCCAGAAUAUGUUAUGACAUUAAUCAACAAGUUACGAAAUGUGACGAAAGUACAAAAAUAAAAUAUUU